GACGCGGAGGCAUAUUCCAAAUUCACUUGUCUAAAUAUCUGAGUGGAGAAAACAAAGCAAUAUAUUACUGGCUUUCUGCUGUCUUCUGAAAAGAUUCUUGCUGCAGAAAAGGAGAAGUUUCUCUUCCAAAGAGAGAGAGAACUACAGGCAAUACAUGACUGAAGAAGGAUUAGCAGCAUUUACAUCUCACCCAUCAUUUUCCGACCAAAGAAGAUCCAUCCAGCUGUGGCACUGGCACUCUUCUGAUAUCACAGCACACCUGUCCUGUGCUGAAUGGCUGCCACAGUACCAGGGGUGAUGGGCCUGCCUUUCUUGAUGCUGGUGAUAGCAGCUGUUGUCUGGCAUGAAGUUGAGCCUGUGUCUGUCACAAUUGGAAAACAACACUAUGUGAGAAUCCAGGGCGAACCAUUCAAUAUCACCUGCGAUUUAAGUUACCGUUACUACAAAUAUAGUAGCAGCUGGAGUUAUCCUCCUUCUCCAAAUGUCCACGAGAAUCAAGACUAUGGGGUUAAUUAUAGCAAAUACCUUAUAUACCGUACAUCAUUGAGUCUAUAUAUUCCAGAAGUGCAGUUAAAUAAUACUGGGCAAUAUAUUUGCUUUGGAAACUCUUCUGAAGGAUCCAAAAAUUCUUCUGCUUUUCUUCAAGUGACAGACAGAGGCUUUGUUCAUUUAUCCACCCCACAGAACAUGAGCCAGGAGGUGAGUUUGGGUGGAGGCCUGGAUGUGCACGUGCUCAUUGAUGCUUACCACAGAGUUCACAACUGGAAAUGGAUCUAUAUGAACCCAUCCAGGGGCUCUCAAAAUGCCACACUAAGUAGCAGGAUGAGUCCUGAUCACACCAGCAAUACACUCAGUCUGAACAGGAUGUGGGAAACAAUGAGUGGAAUGUACACAUUUUUUGCUAAGAAUGAUGAUGCCAAUGCCUCAAUUACAUUCAACAUCACUGUGAAAGUUCCACCCAAAGUCUAUGUGGUGAACAAUAAUUCCACCAGCCUUUGGUGUGAAGCCACUGGUUACCCCGCUCCACAUAUUGAGUGGUAUAAAUUGCCUCACCAUUACUCUGCACCCAGAUGCAGAGAAGAUGGAGAGCUGCUUAAGAAGGACCCCAGUCCACAGAUCAUGCAUGAAACUCCCUUUGGAAAAGUGUUGGUGAAGAGCAUCCUUUUCUUUGAAGAGGCUAAAGAUAAUAUCACGUUUUGCUGCCUAGCCAUUAAUAGCGAGGGAAGCGAUCCUACGUUCUAUAAACCUCCAAGCAAAUUAUUCCAGGUGGCCCCCGCAAAAAUCUCCACGACACUGAUUGCCACUUUUGCAGGAACAAUAAGUUUGCUUCUUCUGUGUACCAUCUUCUUAUUCUACAAAUAUACACAGAAACCAAAGUAUGAAGUUCACUGGAAAAUCAUUGAGUCGUGUGAAGGAAACAUUUAUAACUUUAUUGAUCCCACCCAGCUCCCUUACAAUGAGAAAUGGGAGUUUCCCAGGAACAACUUGCAGUUUGGGAAGACCCUUGGAGCUGGAGCUUUUGGAAAGGUGGUUGAAGCCACUGCAUUUGGGCUAGGGAAAGAAGAUUCUGUCCUGAAAGUGGCUGUGAAAAUGCUGAAAUCAACAGCACAUACUGAUGAGCAGGAAGCUCUCAUGUCAGAGCUGAAGAUCAUGAGCCAUUUGGGACACCAUGAGAAUAUCGUCAACCUGCUGGGUGCAUGUACCCAUGGAGGCCCCAUCUUGGUCAUCACUGAGUAUUGCCCACAAGGGGAUUUGCUGAAUUUCCUGCGAAAGGCUGCUGAAUGUCUCAUAAUCCAGGAUUUGAUCAUAGAGUCUUCUUUUGAUAGCACAAUGGCUGACUAUAAGAAUAUGCACCUUGGGAAGAAAUUUGUUCGAAGUGAUAGUGGAUUUGGAAGUCAGGGCAUGGGAGACAGCUAUCUGGAAAUGAGACCUGUGGCAACCUCAAUCUCCAUGCCAGCAAAAGGACACAGUUCAUAUUUAGAAGAGGAAAAAAAGAAAAAACCAACUCUUGGCCUGUGUGAUCUGCUGCAGUUCUCCAGCCAAGUGGCCCAGGGGAUGUCCUUUCUUGCUGCAAAAAAUUGUAUCCAUCGAGAUCUGGCUGCAAGGAAUGUACUAGUGGCUGAUGGACAAGUGGCAAAGAUCUGUGACUUCGGCCUGGCUAGAGACAUUAUGAAUGAUACAAAUUAUGUUGUCAAAGGCAAUGCUCGCCUACCAGUGAAGUGGAUGGCACCAGAGAGUAUCUUUGAAUGUGUUUAUACAGUACAGAGUGAUGUAUGGUCUUACGGCAUCCUUCUCUGGGAGAUAUUUUCUCUAGGCAGGAGCCCCUAUCCUGGCAUGAAAGUGGACAGCAGGUUUUAUAGCCUGGUGAAACAGGGAUACCAUAUGGCCAAGCCUGACUUUGCUUCAGAUGAUACGUAUAACAUCAUGAAAGCCUGCUGGAGCUUGGAGCCCACUCAACGGCCAACCUUCAAUGAAAUUUGCACUGUCAUUCAAAAACAGCUGUAUGCCACUAAAGAACAGGACUAUACAAACUUGCCAGGAAACACAGAAAAUGAUAGUGCCUGUGAACCUGCCAGCUUCUGUGAGGAAUCUUGUGACACCGGAGAGAGCAAACAGCCCCUUCUGAACAGCAACAAUUACCAGUUCUGUUAGAGGUCGUUGUUCACAGUCCUCAGGUUUGCUUGAGCACUCUGUUUAAUCUGGGAUGCAGGUCCUCUACAGCUAUUCCUCUUGGGGAGUUUCCCAUGUGAAAACCAGAUGCUUUCAUUUAUAAGUCACAGCCUGGGGCUGUAACAUGUGUUGGCAACAGACUUUGAGCCAUCAGUGUUCCUAUCCUUAACCCGUGGUAUGAUGGCUUCACUCUUCCAUUUAGCUAAGAUUAUCCUAUCGAGAUGGUAGUUGGCAUAGCCAAGCAACGACCCUGUGUGUCUCCAUUCUUGCAAGAGUGAGCAUGGAGCUCCAAACUUUAAAAUCCAACAUUCCACAUUUCAUAUGUACUUCACUGACUCUCAGUUUGUAUAUACUAAGAGAUCAGAUAGCCGCCUCGCCUUAUCUUUAGAGAAUUCUUUUUACAGAAAACAAUAGCCCGAAGUUAAUAACAACCUACUGUAUCCAUUUUAUAGCUCAGACAAGAAUAUUGCAGGGGACAAAGAAUAGGAAGAACCAUGGUAAUUGAUCAUUUCAAAAUAACUACCUAGAGGAAAAACAAGCUCAGACAGAACAGGAAAUAGUGCUUUGUCUAAUUUGCCGCAUAUGAAGAGCCUCGUAUGCGAAGGGUCUCUCAUACCAUGCAGAGUGUGUUAAUCAAGUAAACAGAUCAUUUCAUGCUUAAAACUGUCAUUUUAAGUGAUACAAUCAAUGAUGACUGAUUUUGA